AUGACGGCCCCCGGCCUCACCGCGGAACAACUCGCAUCCUUCCAGCAGAACGGCUACCUCAUCAUCCGCGACGCCCUCGCGCCGUCGACGGUCAAGUCCCUCCUCGACGAGACACACGCCCUCCUCACCAGCUUCUCCCUCAAGGACCACCCGCUCACGCGCUUCUCCACGGGCGAAACGACGGACCACGUCGGCGACGAGUACUUCCUCACGUCGGGCGACAAGAUCCGCUUCUUCUUCGAGGAGGACGCCUUCGACGCCGCCGGCACCCUGACCAAGCCGCCGGCCAAGGCCAUCAACAAGAUCGGCCACGGCCUGCACGCCCUCUCCCGGCCCUUUGCUCGCCUCAUCGACGACGGCCCUGCGCUCCGCCACGCCGGCGAGCUCAGCCCCGCCGACGUCGCCCGCUCCCUGGGCUACCGGGACCCCCGGUGCCUCCAGAGCAUGGUCAUCUGCAAGCAGCCCGAGAUUGGGGCUGCCGUGCCGCCGCACCAGGACUCGACCUUUCUGUACACGGACCCCCCCAGCGCCACGGGCUUCUGGUACGCGCUCGAGGACGCGACCCUGGAGAACGGCUGCCUGAGCUUCCUGCCCGGGUCGCAGCGCUGGGCGCCCGUCGGGAAGAGACUGGUGCGGAAGGCGGGCGGCGUCGGCACCGAGAUGGUCGACAACGAGGGGACGAGGUUUCCCGACGGGGGCGAGCACGGCCGGGAGCCGUCGGCCGGCGCGGAGGCGGGGGAGUAUGUGCCCGGCGAGGUCAGGGCCGGCGACUUGGUCUUGAUUCACGGCAACUUGUUGCACAAGAGUGAGAGGAAUACCAGCUUGAAGGGGAGGAUCAUUUAUACGUUUCACAUCAUCGAGGCCGAGGGGACCGAGUACGAUGAGAGAAACUGGCUGCAGCCGCCAGAGGCGGGCUUUACGAAAUUGUAUUCAUAG